UGCCGCAAGCGGCGGCGGCGGCUCCGCGCCGGGAUGCGGUCGGGGCGCCGCGUCCUGCUCCUCGGCGAGGGCAACUUCUCCUUCGCGGCCGCCCUCUGCGGAGCCGCCGCCGCCCGCCUCGUGGCCACCUGCUACGAGGCCGAAGAGGAGGUGUCCGGGCGGGCGCUGGCGGCCGAAAACAUCCGGCGGCUGCGGGAGAGAGGAGCCGAAGUUCUGUUUUCUGUGGACUGCACCAAGCUGAAGGACUACUUCUUACCAGCAGAUGGAGCGUUUUCGUGUAUUUAUUUCAACUUCCCUCACUGUGGGAAAAAAGCUGGAGUGAAGAAGAACAGAGAGCUGCUUGCCCGGUUUUUCUCUAGCUGUGCAGAUGUGCUGGCAGAGAAAGGUGAGGUCCAUGUGGCACUUUGCAACGGGCAGGGAGGGACACCUGCUGAUCAGCCAAGGAGAGCAUGGCACAACAGCUGGCAAAUAGUGUCUGUGGCAGCAGGAGCCAGAUUUAUCUUGAGUGAUGUUCAUCCCUUCAAUGCAGAGAAUAUUCGUGGAUAUAAAUGUACAGGCUACAGGAGUCAGGAUAAAUCUUUCGGUGUAGAGGGUGCUUUAAACCACAUUUUCACACAAAGCACACCAUUUCCACGUCUUAAACCUAUGAUCUGCCAGAUGGAACUGGGAAGCAGAAGAGUUUCUUUUCAAGUACCACAAGUGCUUGUGGAUAAAAUUAACAGGGGUUUCCUAGAACUAAAUUCGGAACAUCCAGUAAGAACAGUCAAGGAGAAGCUCACUGCAGAGCUCAGCCAAGUCUUUCCAAUACAAAGCAUUGACUGCUCCCUUCCUCUGCUCCACCAAGGUCACAUCAAUGGUGUUUGUCGUUCAAAUGUCUUUUGGAUCAUUCCCAACCCAGAGCAGAGUGCCAGCACUGAACAAAUGGUUAAUGGACCGGCAAAUUCAGUGUUAUUUUCCCACACUGAUUUUUGCAAGGACACGGAUGAGCAUGGCUGGAUGAACGUACAAGAGGGCAACCUAAUUUCAGAACAGUAUUUCCUUAGACCUUCCCUGCUGCUUUAUGUUCAGACGCUAAUCGAAAGAGCAGCAUUUCUGCCCGGAACACUUUAUGUUCUUUCUGGACCUGUUUUCAGGAAAUGUCUUCUCUCUCUUCAUUCUCUGCCUGUUUUUCAUGAGGCAGUGUUUGUAUGUGCAGUUGACAAGGGUAUGGAGAACAGCUGUAUCCACAUGUUGGUGGAUACCAUUAGGAGUGGCAUAUAUUCACUUCACCAGACUGUUUCUGAUCGUAAAUUGAACGUCACUCUGCAGGAAGCAACAAGCUUUGAAACAACAGAGCUAAAAGACUUUGCUGCUUUUGAAGCUCAGGUUACUAAAAUUCAAUACCUGGUUCGUGUGGAAAUGGAUGCUUUAGGCUCCUAUGAGAAGGGCUAUUGUGUGGGAAGUGUGAGCACAGCUUGUGAUGGACCAAAGAGCAGUGAUUUGGUGGCUGUGUUUGCAUCAGUGAAUCUUGACCUCCUAGCCAUGCUGAUCUGUGGAAUAGCUGAUUGGCGAAUGCUCUGGACAUCAGAUGAGCGCUUCCUCAGACAGUUUCCUGGAGGAGAGUUAAGGCCUUUCAAGAGUUUUUCUCUCUAUCCGCCUUCCUAUGUGCAUGAUGUCAGCUUUUGGGUUCCUGAUAGGGAACAGUUUGAUGAAGUUGCUUUUCACACCAUUGCCAGGCAGGUGUCACAUGAAACAGUUGUAUCCAUCCAGUUAAUUGACAGUUUCCAGCAUUUGGAGACUGCGCGGAAGAGCCUCUGCUACAGACUGACCUAUCAGUCCUGUGACAAGGCAUUGAGCUGCCAGGAGGUGGCAGAAAUGCAACUGCUUUUUCGGAAGGAAAUACAGCACUGCUUGCGUGUGACUCUUCGGUAAACCACUGAAAGCUGUCUUCAGCCUCUCAGCAGCACCUGUAAUUGUUGCUGGUCUGGAAAAUGUGAACUGCAUUUGUUGAACCUAACACUGUGUGGUGUUGCAAUGCCUUUUAUAAAGGUGCUGUGGACUUAAUUGAUGCAUCUGCAUGCAUUUUAAAUAUGAAAAUUCCUGUUAGAAGUAACAAAGACCAUGUGCCUUCCUGU